AUGCAUCCCACAGAAGCUGAGUCGGGUUCCCAUGUUGUUCGUCAGCAGGCACAUCCUUUGCAGGCGUUGAGUUCGCGUUUGCGAUUUGCCACUGAGGCACCCUCUUGGGUUAUCUACUUGCCGCAAGAACUCCAAGACAGAGUCAACAGCUCUGUCGGCCCCACUCCCAGCUUCGGAAUUACCUUCGAAUCUGUCCUGAAGGAGAAGGGCUCCUUUCAACUACGCCCUGGAGCUUGGUGGUCUCAACGAAUCUGGAGCAUGUCCAGAGAUAGCAAAGGCUGCCGGGAGGUCCAACGAGCCUUUGAUGAAGCUACUGACCAAGAGGAGCGCUUGGCCAUGGCACUGGAGCUUCGAGGGCAUGUAUGGGAGGCCUUGCGUUGCCCCUUUGCGAAUUAUGUUCUCCAGAAGUGCGUGACGGUACUCUCACGGGAGAACAUGAACUUCAUUUUCCAGGAACUGAAGCAGAAAGGUCCUGAGAUGAUCCAGCAAGCCGCACGGCACAAGUACGGCUGCCGCAUCAUUCAGCGGCUCUUGGAGUGCGGGCCAGCAGACCAGGUCAACGACUUGAUCGAUUGCCUUCUGCAAGACGCGAUCAACAUUUGUGCCCAUCCUUAUGGCGCGCGCCUAGCUGUGAGCCAUGGGAGUGAGAUGGUCUUGGCGAAACAACUGACGGAGCGCCUUGGUGUCGAUCACAAGCCCUGGCAUACUGAAUUUGUCACAGGCCAGGUGCGUGAGGCAGUCCAGAUGGUGGAUCUGGAAGAUAGGCUGGGUGGAACCUCGUCGACGAGGUCAGUGCAGAAUAUCAUAGAUGCCAAGGCAGUGAUGGACAAGGAGAAGAAGAAGUCCCUCGAACCUGUUGAGCCCCUGGCGGUUGUCCUCGUGAAGCCGAAGCGCGGCACCCUGGGGAGGACGGUUCGGUUGAAGAGCGGGCGAAUCGCGGCCGAGGACGAGGUGAGCAGCAAGGUCCUGGACAAGCUGGUGGGUGAGCUGGUGAAUUACAGGGCGACGGUCCUUGAAGAGGUGAAGAAGUCAAUGAACCCAGGUCGAGCCAAGGAGGCUCUGCUGGGGAAGUAUCGCAUCUCGACAAUCAGGAGGUAUCUGGCGUCCUGGCAGAGGUUCAGAAUCUGGGCAGAUUCUAUGGGGAAGCCAGGUCAGCGACCAAACACAGUGACCCUCGUGGACUAUAUGUAUGCGAGGGAGGAGGAAGGAAUGGGUCCAUCCAUUCCACUGGCAGUCAGCACGGCAGUGGCAUGGUUUGAACGGACUGCCGGGACGCCGGAGGAGGAGCAGUUGAUGAACCAGGCUUUUCCACAGAUGGUCAUGAAGGAGUUGACGAGGAAGUUGGAGCAGAGUGCACCGCCAGUCCGGAGGGCGCCCCGAUGGCUGGGGUGCUUCGUGGCUCCAAUGGAGACGCUGGUGAUCGAUGCUGCAACACCUUUCGAGGUGAGGGUGUGUGCAUGGUUUAAGCUCAUCAAGCUGUGGGGUUCCUUGAGAUUUGACGAUGCAGCGCAUCUGAGGACUACGGAGCUCCGCUUCUAUGAUGGACAGUUGGUGGGGAUGAUGCAUCAGACCAAGACAACUGGUGCUGGCAAACGGGUUCGUGAGCUGCCGAUUUUCAUUGCAAAAGACGCUUAUGUGUUGCAUGACGAUUGGCUGGCAGUGGGCUAUGACCUGGUUAAGCUGAAGAUGCCAAGGGAUCGUGUGUUUGUCUUCCCUGAAGGGUGCUUCUAUGGCACAGCAUAUGGGACAGCGCCUGUCUCAUAUGCGGAGGCGGUGGCCGGGAGCUCAAGAGCGUUUGCACUGCUGGAGGGCUACGAUGGUGGGCUGAUCCCAUCAGGAUGGGAAAGAUUCUGGACAGAGCACAGUGAGCGCGCAACAAUGCCCAGCGGUCUUGCUGCUUUGGGCGUGGAGAAGUCAAGCAGAGACUUGUUGGGUCGCUGGUGUCCGGAAGGUUCGGACGUUUACGUCCGGACAUACAACACGAUAGUCAGGAAGAUGCAAAGGAAGAUCGUGGCAGUGUUGCGAGGGGAGGCCGCCUAUGAAGAGCUGGACGAAGGCUCCAUUUUGGAGGAGCUCAAGGUGUGGCUUAGAGACAAGUGGACAGUCCCGGAGGACCAGGCCGAGAGUGUUGUGGAGGCAUGGAAGGAGAAGUUGGGCGUCAGAGGGAGGCCACCGGCGACAUUGCGUGUUUCGGACGAGGACACCACGAUCUAUGAUGGAUCUCAGAGCGAGGGGGAGACAGCAGCUCUGCAGCAAGCGGACCCGAAGAAGAGGAAGAUGAAUGACCCCUUGGAAGAGGAACGAGAGGGGAACUACGUCGUGGUGUACAGGCGAGCCGGUAGGGGUACGCUGCACCGGCUUGGAGUGAAAGGCUGCUGGAUGGCCAAGAAGCGUUUCUUUGUGAGGUCGGAGAUCCACAAGGAGCUUCCGGAACCGGAAGAGUACACCCUCCGAUGCAAGCUGUGUUGGGGCUUGGGGGCGGAGCGCAGCAAGCGCAGUGCCAUUACCAGUGGAGGAGAAGGCGGGGCGGGGGGCGCUCACCGGUGGGCGCUUGACAUGCCGCGUGCAGCCAUCUCGGAGGCUGAAGGGAGCAAAGCACUAGAACUAGCAGGCACCGACAUCAAAUACCUCUUCUCGAGGCAUGAGGUGAGUGUUGACAAUCAGAAGCUCUUCUUUCAUCAUGGUGUUACAACAUUGGAGAAGCUGUCAAAUUUUGCAAAAGAUAGGGAUGACCUGGCCACGGUCCUCAAGGAGCAUUGGGAGCUGGAUUCAGACAGGUCACUGGAGGAGCGGGUACAAGUGGCGGCAAUCACAUGUGCCUUCAGCAAUGCAAAGACAAGGAGCCAGAGAGCUGCGGAGGUAGACGCAGAGUACGACACGUCUCAGUGGGCCAGGCCAGUGGUGGCAGGGGAAUGGGCGGCAAUGCGCUCAGCACUGGAGAAGAAGUAUGGCCACCUGGAGGAUAAGAUAUAUCCCUCGAAAGAAUUCGUUGAGAAGAAAUUGGCAGAGGUUGAAAGUGGCGAAUACCGGGCUGAGGAGCUUACAGAAGUAGUAUCAAAAGAAGAAAUCGAGCCCGAUGGGGUCGUGCCCAUUUGGGACUCCAAGGGCCGAUUGGCCAUGCGCAAGGCAUCGACAAAAGUGCCUGAACCGGCGAACGCUGAAGAACUCAGACGCCGCUUGACGAUCUGGAAGAAUGCGAUGGUCAUGAUCUCACUGAAGCAUUCGAAUAGGCAUGAGCUGCAGGGGGCCUGGGAGGAGACGAUUGAGCAGUACAAGGAUUACCUCCUGGGGGACUACGUAUAUGGGCUCAGUGCAAAGGAUGCGGAGGGCCAGACCUUUGCUGCUCCACCAUGGAAGUUGAUCAUCGCAUACGAGCGGGCCAUCCGGAAGCAGGCGGUGAAGAUCACCAACACAGAGGGUAAGCCCUUGACAGUGGCACUCAAGACAGCAUGGAAGGAUGCAACAGUGAAGGAGAGGAACUUCACGACACCUUUGGCAUUGUAUGCGAAGAGGCCUACACCGCCAUGGAGAGAACAGCCAACCAACAAGUGGCAGGCAGUCGAGAAGGGUAGCAAAGGCAAGGAAAAAGGCAAGGCGAAGAAGGGCAAAGGAAAAAGCGGGAGUCCGCAUUGUGCCACGCAUACACCUGAAGGAGAUUUGAUCUGCUUCAGGUACAACACCCCGGGGGAGAAGUGCAAGAUGGCCAAAUGCAAGUACCGCCAUGUGUGCGGAAUAUGUUUCAGUGAGAAACACCCCCUCUACGAAUGCAAUGCAAAGAACAGGAAGGAGGCGGCAGAGGUCGAGAAGGAAGCUUUCCGGAUGGCGAGAGGCGGCGAUGCAUUUCAACUGGUCCGAGAGGAGGGCUUUUUAGAGGAGAUCAGGCAAAUGCUGGCCGAGUGUCUGGGCAUUCCGAAGCAGGAGCAACCGGAGGCGGGACAGCCGUUCUUCCUGGACCUCAUGAAAUGCAUCCUGGAGAAGGACAAGGUCCGAAUGCCGGGGCCCAGGGAGAAGCGCGCUCUUCUGGAGGAGUAUGAGGCUGGCCGGGUUGCUGUCCUUUCUCUGGUGGGUGACUUCGCAAAGGCUCACCGGAGGUUCAAGUAUUGUGUGGAGGAGCAAGGUUCUUCCACCAGUUCAAGUACAGUUUAUGUGAACAGAGUUGGCACUUUCGGAGUGGCAUCGACACCCUACUGGUGGGCAAGGUUGAGUGCAGCGUUGAUGAGGCUUGUCUAUUGGGUGUUGGGUGACUUCUUUCCGAAUGACAUGCUGCUUUACGCGGAUGAUCUUGAGGUGUUGACGAUAGGGCGUCGGGGACGCAUCGGUGGUGUGUUGGCCUAUUCUGUGAUGGCUUCCCUUGGUGCACCGUUCAAGUGGGCAAAACAGAGGGGUGGCAUCGUUACAGAAUGGAUUGGACUCACCACGGAUUACAGUGCUUUCUCCAUGGGCCUUUCCUUGAGGAGAGCGAGCUGGCUUGUUGAUUGGAUUGGCUCCUUGAGGGAGAGAAAAGAGGUCACUUUCCGUGAGUUUUCAGCUGGACUUGGGAGGCUGGGCUUUUCGGCUUUGGCGCUGCCGUGGGAGAAGCCCCUGCUCGGGCCAUUGUACGCCUGGGCCUCAGCGAUCCAAGCCAACAAGGGUGCAAUGACCAUCCCUUGGGCUGUGCAAUUCAUCCUAGACUGGGUGGCACAGAGGCUCAAGACCGGGGGUCACAUGGAGGUGGCAGAGACACUGCGAAGGUGCGACGCCUUUGCUACACUCACAUGGGUGAGAAGGGAUGGUAACACUUUGGCAGACGCCUUGACGAAUGAGGACUUCAGUUCAUUUGAUCCCCAAAGAAGGGAGGCAGUGAUAGAAGAGGAGUUGAAGUGGCAUGUCAUGGAUGACCUACUGCAAAGCAGUGAGAAGCUCUUCAACGAGAUCAAGGACCACAAAGUAAAGAAGAACAAAGAGAAGCCGAAGUUGGACCUCACUAGGAGGAAGGCCAAGAAAUACUUCAGUCGCACUCGGGAGCAGCGCCGCCGCUUGCUCCACUCCUUGAUGGACAAUGUGACGUUGGUAGGCAAUGAGAGCGACAAUGUCUACGUCUCUGCUGUGAUGGUGAAAAUCAUGUCAGUGGCGCAGAGGGAGGAGAAGGUGCAACUGGCGAGAUCACUCCUCAGAGUGCCAGGGCUUCUUCGGAAGAUGGGUACCACAAGGCAUGGACAUCAGGCAGCUAAGAAGGUUUUGAAGACCUUGACCGGCUCUGAGCAUGAGGAGAGAGCUGGGCCGGCUCUGAGCAUGACCGUGACCGGUUUCAACUUUAUGGCCACGGCAGUGAAGCUACUGCCGAGCCUGGCUCCCAGAGCAUCAGAGUGUUGGAGCAUCAGCUCCUUGAGCGACGUCGAGGAAGGAAUCCAAAAAGGACAGCACGAAGCAGAUCAGGUCCCGUCGCAAAGCUGCAAGCGCGGGCCCUGGGCCGCUGUGAACGGGAAGAGCGGUGCUGCGGUGCCGUUCGGACGGAGAGGGAGCGAAACACAGCGAAAGCACCGGUUGGAUCCAUCGGUGUUCCGUUCGGCUGAAGACGGUGCCUCGGGCCUUGAUCGUAUUUUCGCACGUUUCAUGGUUUCCUGGCUCCUCAAGCAUGGCAAAAGCGAAGCGAGCGACAGGCGCCUUUUUGCGCGGCAGGCGCUAGCUGCAGCCCAUCCGCUCGGACACGAAGAUUCCGAUUUCCAUUUGGAUCCAUUUGCUGUGACGUGGUCACUGGAGGGAAAGGAAGGCCCCAACAGAAUGGAGCGACGGGUGCAGUUCGGUGGCGCGGAGCACGGCUCAGAAGGCGAGUCAGCGGAGAAGCGCUGGAAGGGCUGGAAGGGGUGGAUGUCCUUUUUGGUUCUCAGCGAUUGGGGACAGAAAGCGAAGAAGGACACUGCGAGUCACGAAGGCUUAGUGGUGCAUGCACGGAAGUCAGAGGUCGAGACCGUCCAUGCAUCAGAGGUGCGCUCAAGGCAAAGCUUCUGCGUGCGCUAUGAGGGUGGGAGACGCCAGACGUUCCUGCUGGGUGACGCGCUCGAGGCAGGCGGCCUUUCGCCUCAGAGCACCAAGCGACGUGCUAGCCUUUCGGCGGAUUCGGUAUCCCUUCCCGCAUCCUCGCUGUUGAAGGCACCCGCGAAAGCAAGGAUUCCUGUCGCCAAAGGUGCCGAGGACAGUGAUGGAAGCGAGGAGUGGGACCCAUCAGCGGAGCCAAGCGCAGAGGCUGCCCUGGACACCUCCGGCCUUGCCACGCUGCUGGCUUCCAUAAGGACGUGCCAGAUGAAGAGCUGGCGGCCGCUGCCGGAGCAGGUGGACUUGCUCCAGAAUAUCGUCGAGGCCGCCUCGGAGCUUCUGCGCGACGCUCCAGGAGCUGCGGCUGUGCCGGAGCUGGCUGCUGCGCCAGCAGCCGCAGCACUAGCAGUGCCAUCGGCACCCACAGCCCAAGAGGCACCCGCCUUUUCACCACCAGAGCGCCCUGUCCGGAAGGUGCAGAUUGAGGCCGCGCCCAAGGCGAAGGCUCCAGAAGCUGCGCAGACAGAUGAUGACCCGAAGAACAGAGAGACUCAGGCAAAGGCGGCCGUGUGCCGCAGCCAAUCAGAGCCUCCGGACAUGACGGCGAGCUUGGAGAAGGCGCCCACGGCAUUGAAGCACUUCUUGGACGCGCGGUCGGUGUCGGCCAUCGCGGAAGGCUUCCGCUACUUGUUGAAGUGCGUGGAGCUCCACGAGGAAGAAAGCGGCAAGGUUCAUGGCAAGGAGGUCCUGCCAUACCAAAAGAUCAGGAGCUUGCCUGGCCUUCCCUGGAAAGCCCAGCAGGUGUGGCAGUUGCUUGAUGCUCAAGUGAAGAAGGAGGACCAUCAAGCCAAGCCGCUUCAAGGAAAGUCUCUUGCUGUGGUGGGUGCUGGGCCAGUCGGGCUUCGCAUUGCGUUGCAGCUGAAGCUGGCCGGCGCAGCCGUCACGGUGCUCGAGAAGCGCUGCGAGUUUGUGCGCAUCAACCGGCUGCACCUUUGGGAUUGGGUGAAGCAGGACCUCAUCCAAUGGGGUGCCAAGAUCUUCUCGCCGCCCGGUGGGACCUUUGGAGCGGACAAGGACUACUGCCACAUUGGCAUCUCUGAGCUUCAGUAUUUGCUGUUGAAGUGUUGCCUCCUCUUCGGGGUCACUGUCGAGCUGGGCGUGGAGUUCCGGGAUGUGGUCGUCCGAUCGGGAGGAUGGGUCGCCGAAACAGAGCCUCCACUGGUACCUCAGGAGCUAAGAGUGGACGCGCUGGUCUGCUGCGAUGGCGCCGCCUCUCGGAUCGCCAAGUCCAAAGGUGCUGCUACUAUUGCUGGUGGUUUGGGCAAAGAAGGGCAGGCCAUCGGCGUCGUGGCCAACUUUCUGAAUGGUAAGACCUCCAGCGAGCGCAACCUGCGGCAAUUCUCGUGGGCGAGGCAGUUCAACACAGAGCUGUUUAAGAAGUUGAAGGACAAGGUUGGUGCGGACUUGCAAAACAUCGUGUACUACAGGGGUGACGAGAGUCACUACAUGAUCAUGACGCCAUCCAAGCAGUGUUUAGUCGAGAAGGGCUGCCUUCACACGGCGGAUUCUUUGGAUGGUGCGCCGCUGCUCCGCGCAGAGAAUGUGGAGCUGGACAACUUGAAGUCCUUGGCGCAGGAGGUCGCAGUGCACUUUGGGCUGCCCACGGAGUUUACGCCAGAACAGUCAGUGAUGAUUUUCGACUUCUCCGACACCAAGCGACACGAGCAGGCGAUGCUCUUCCAAGACGGAGAGGCCUCCACGCCGCCCCUGGCCAUCUCAUUGGCAGGUGAUGCGCUCCUGGAGCCCUUCUGGCCCACCGGCCUUGGAUGCAUCCGUGGCUUCUUGGGCGCAAUGGAUGCGGUCUCCUGCCUUGGCACCUGGUUUAAAACCAAAGACCGAGAGCAAGCCCUUGGCAAGGCAGAAGCUGCCUACAGGCAGCUCAAGUCGGUGGAUGCACAGACCAAGUCUCAGGACAUGACGUUGAAGCCGGAGAACGAGUGGCGCGUGGAGCCCCACACGCGCUACAGGCACAUGUGAGCCGUGCUGCCGGAAGACUGUGACCGUUUGGAACAGCCUUCGGCGGUUCCCAGCCGACGAACUUGAAGUCAUUCUCAGGUGUUCCAAUGCCGUG